AUUAUUUAUUUAACUUUUUCCUUUUUUGUUUUCCAAAAAUAAAAUUUGCAAAAAUCGUAUUCUACACGAUAUUCCUGCACAGCAAGCUACGGUGUUCCAGUUUCUCCCUUCAGAAGGAGAAGAGGAAGAGGAAGAGGAAGAGGAAGAGGAAGCAGAAGAACGAAGAAAUAGAGAGAGAAGAAGAAGUGGGACGGCAACUGGUUGCAGUUCAAUUUCCGACCAAGAGAAUUAUAAGGUGACGGUGUCAUCUCUCCUGCGACAGUUGGACCAAUGAAUGGGCCAAAAGGGGCAAACGAUUUGGAGGCCGGAAACAACAUGCUGCAGAACAACAGUGAUAAUUCUGGUACAAGCCCUUUUGACAUCGUCAGCACUAAGAAUGCUUCAGUCGAGCGUCUCAAACGUUGGAGGCAAGCGGCACUUGUGCUUAAUGCUUCUCGUCGGUUUCGAUACACCUUAGACUUGAAAAGGGAUGAAGAAAAGAAGGAAGCGUUGAGGAAAAUUAGAGCUCAUGCAGAAGUUAUACGAGCAGCCAAUCGUUUCAAAGAUGCUGGGAUACGAAUUGAUGUUAAGGACUUCAAAACACCAUCACCAACUGCUGGUGAGUAUGGAAUUGGGCAGGAGGAACUUGCUUCAAUUACAAGGGAACAUGAUUUUUCUCUUCUGCAGCAAUAUGGAGGGGUACGAGCGUUAUCUGAUUUGUUGAAAACAAAUCUAGAGAAGGGACCUCCUGGUGAUGAAGUGGAUUUACUGACACGAAAGAAAGUGUUUGGAUCAAAUACAUAUCCUCGGAAGAAAGGAAGAAGUUUCUGGAGGUUUCUUUGGGAAGCUUGGCAAGAUUUAACCCUUGUUAUCUUGAUUUUUGCUGCGGCGGCUUCCUUGGGACUGGGUAUAAAAUCAGAGGGUAUUGAUGAAGGAUGGUAUGAUGGGGGGAGCAUUGCCUUUGCGGUUCUUCUUGUUAUAGUUGUUACAGCUAUAAGUGACUAUCGACAAUCCCUUCAGUUCCAAAACUUAAAUGAGGAAAAGCGAAAUAUUCAUAUGGAGGUCAUUAGAGGAGGUAAAAGAGCUCAGGUUUCAAUAUUUGAUAUUGUUGUUGGUGAUGUUGUACCUCUGAAAAUUGGCGAUCAGGUACCUGCUGAUGGAAUAUUUAUUUCUGGUCAGUCACUUGCUAUUGAUGAAUCAAGUAUGACUGGAGAGAGCAAAAUUGUUAACAAAGACUCAAAGUCCCCAUUUUUAAUGUCUGGCUGCAAAGUAGCUGAUGGUUAUGGCUUUAUGCUGGUAACAAGUGUUGGGAUGAAUACAGAAUGGGGAAUGCUCAUGGCAAGUAUCUCAGAAGACACUGGUGAAGAGACACCUUUGCAGGUGCGCUUAAAUGGAGUUGCAACUUUUAUUGGUAUAGUUGGACUUACAGUAGCUUGUUCAGUUCUGAUUAUCCUUUUGGCACGAUACUUUUCUGGCCAUACCAAAAAUCCAGAUGGAAGCAUACAGUUCAUUAAAGGCAGGACGCAUGUUGGUGAUGCCAUAGAUGGAGCCGUUAAAAUUAUAACUGUUGCAGUCACCAUAGUAGUUGUUGCAGUGCCUGAAGGGCUUCCCUUGGCUGUUACCUUAACCCUAGCCUACUCAAUGAGAAAAAUGAUGGCAGACAAGGCCUUGGUGAGGAGGCUUUCUGCCUGUGAAACAAUGGGCUCUGCAACAACAAUUUGCAGUGAUAAAACUGGAACCUUAACUUUGAAUAAGAUGACUGUGGUUGAGGCUUAUGUUUGUGGCAAGAAAAUUGAUCCACCAUUUAGCAGCUCAUUGUUGUCUCCUGAGACAUCCUCUUUACUUUUUGAAGGCAUUGCACAAAAUACAACAGGCAGUGUUUUUGUUUCUGAGGGUAAUGAAGGUGUAGAAAUUUCUGGAUCACCAACAGAAAAGGCCAUUCUCAAUUGGGGGGUGCAGCUUGGUAUGGACUUUGAUGGUGUUAGAUCAUCAUCUUUUGUUCUUCGUGCUUUCCCUUUUAACUCAGAGAAGAAACGAGGUGGUGUUGCUCUAAAACUGCCGGAUUCUCGGGUUCAUAUACAUUGGAAGGGAGCUGCUGAAAUAGUCUUGGCCUCAUGUACUGGGUAUAUUGAUGAAAAUGCUCAAGUGGUACAAAUGGAUGAAAAUAAGAUGGGAUUUUUCAAGAAAUCUAUUGAAGAUAUGGCUGAAAGAAGUCUACGUUGUGUUGCCAUUGCAUACAAAUUACAUCAAAUGGAAAACAUUCCAACUAGUGAGGAAGAAUUAGCUAAGUGGGUAUUACCUGUAGGCAACCUUGUUUUGCUGGCUAUUGUGGGCAUAAAGGAUCCUUGUCGACAAGAGGUGAAGGUUGCAGUGCAGUUAUGCCAGAAUGCUGGUAUUAAGGUGCGCAUGGUCACUGGUGACAAUUUGCUAACAGCAAGAGCAAUAGCUUUGGAAUGCGGGAUCCUACGUUCUGAAGCAGAUAUCACAAAACAAAAUCUCAUUGAAGGAAAGGCAUUCCGUGAUUUAUCUGAUGCAGAGCGACAAGAAGCUGCAGAUAAUAUAUCAGUAAUGGGAAGGUCUUCUCCUAAUGACAAGCUUCUACUUGUUCAAGCAUUGAAACGUAGAGGGCAUGUUGUUGCUGUAACUGGGGAUGGCACUAAUGAUGCUCCAGCACUACAUGAGGCAGAUAUUGGUCUUGCAAUGGGUAUCCAAGGAACAGAAGUUGCAAAGGAGAGCUCAGAUAUCAUCAUCUUAGACGAUAAUUUUGCUUCUGUUGUGAAGGUGGUGCGAUGGGGCCGAUCUGUCUAUGCAAAUAUUCAGAAAUUCAUCCAGUUUCAGCUGACAGUUAAUGUUGCAGCUCUUAUAAUUAAUGUUGUGGCUGCAGUCUCCUCUGGAAAUGUUCCACUAAAUGCAGUGCAGCUUCUCUGGGUAAAUCUUAUCAUGGAUACUCUUGGAGCACUAGCAUUGGCUACUGAACCGCCAACAGACCACCUGAUGCAGAGGCCUCCUGUUGGUCGAAGGGAACCUCUAAUAACAAAUAUCAUGUGGAGGAACUUAUUGAUACAGGCUCUAUAUCAAGUGACUGCCCUACUUGUCCUUCAUUUCCGGGGUAGGAGCAUUUUGAACUUAGAGCAUAAGACAGUGGACCAUGCUAACAAAGUGAAGAACACACUGAUAUUCAAUGCAUUUGUCCUUUGUCAAAUUUUCAAUGAAUUCAAUGCUCGGAAGCCAGAUGAAAUCAAUAUAUUUAAAGGAAUCACAAGAAAUCGUCUUUUUAUUGGAAUAGUGGGAAUGACUCUUGUUCUUCAGAUCCUUAUCAUUGAGUUCCUUGGGAAGUUUGCCUCAACAGUCCGGCUAAAUUGGGUAUACUGGCUUAUUUCUGUGAUUAUUGGUUUUAUCAGUUGGCCUCUUGCCGUUGUUGGAAAACUGAUACCAGUUCCAGAAACUCCCUUUGAAGAGCUUUGUGCAGGGAAAUUACGUCGGAGAAGAAAUCCUUUAAGUGAGGACAAUAAUCAACACCUUACCUGCUUUCUUAGACAUCAGAAAACAUACUUCCAAGCAUUUGAUUAAUUUGAACUAACUUGUCUUUCAGGUGAGUAAAAUAUAAGGAAAUGUCAGUGGACUUCUGGCUCUGUAUUCAGUUUUCCUCGCCUUGGCUUACAAGUUGAAAUAGAAGUUGAAUGUACACGACACAUCUUCAUAGAAGAAAAGAAUCCAAAUAGUAAAACCUUUUACAAAAAAUAGCCCUACAAAUUUUUAUUGGGCUGAUUACAGAAAUGCGAGUUGUUUUUAAGGUUUAUGUUUGAUCAGUUUGCUUUGUGCACCUGUCCACAGUGAAAUUGCUAUAUUUUAUGUUGUGAUUGGGUGUUUGAGAAUGAGAGAAUUGUAUAAAUUCUCUGGUUGAAAGCCUUAAGUCAUGCUUCAAUUAUUCUAUAA